UAAGGAUCAGGGUUUAGAACCAGGAUUAAUUGGAUUCUCAGUCAGAAGAAGUCAGUGCUAAGGAUCAGGGUUUAGAACCAGAUGCAGAAGCAGAGACUGAAAUGGAUGUCGGUAGUAACCAAAGUGAUCAGUUGGAAAGUGAAACAUAUACAGAGAUCAAAAUUAUCCAAGUUGUGGGAGCGCAGCCUGAGGAAAGAGUCGUUCAGAAUACUGUAGAAGAGACUACGGUAACAUCUGCCACUGAGGUAGCAGAGCUGCAGGAAAAUGAGACGAGUGAGGAAGAAGGCACAGAAGAUAAUGCAGCAAACGCACCAAGUGAACCUCCAGCCUUAGUUUUGUGGCAGGAGAAAAGUAGUACCUUGGAUUCACCACCAAAAUGUAAAGAACUUGAUUUUCUUUCUUUAGCCAAGGUCAGUGGAAGUCCCACUGGGGCACAGGCUCGCUGUCUUUGGUCCCCAUCAGCUUCUCCUUCUACAAGUAUUUUAAAGAGAGCCAUCAAAAGAGAACCAGAGGAAGAUUCGUCAUCUCCUGCAAACAAGAACCGAAGAGUCUCCUUUGCCAAUCCAAUCUACCAAGAAGAAUUAGCAGAUGACAUUGACCGGCGAAGUCCUGUACUUAGAACUCAUCCUUGCAAUAAUGGCUCUCAAUCUUCGCGAAGUGCUAAAUCUUCACCUAGUCACCAAGCCAAGCUUAUAACCACUCCAACCAAAGGAUCUCUGUCCCCUGGAACCCGUAGCCAUAAAUAUAAGAGCUCAAAGAAGUGUUUAAUCACAGAAAUGGGCAAGGAGCCAACACCAAUACCUACAGAAAGCGUCUAUCCUGCCCUAAUGGGCUGUAAAGCAUCUGUCGACAUAAUUCUGCCUCAGAUUACUUCAAAUACUUGGACAAGAGGGUUAGGACAUCUGAUUCGAGCAAAGAAUAUCAGGACGGUGGGUGACUUGAGUUCUCUCACCGCAGCCGAGAUCAAAACUCUUCCUAUCCGUUCUCCUAGAGUUUUAAAUGUUAGAAAGGUUCUUAAAGGCUAUCAUGAGCAACAGGUAAAAUCUCGUGGAAUGGAGGAAAACGCUGGCCUUGAUGAUACAGAGAAAUCAAGCAAUGCCAUGGGUGAUACAUUUUUCUCUGCAAAUGAAAAUGCAGACGUAUGUGAACCUGAGGUCUCCAGUACAGGUGAGUCAUCAGCAAUAGACCUUUGGGCUCAGGUUAAUCUACUUGCUGACCAAAUUUCUUCUGAAAGACUUCGAAACUAUUCAGGGAAUGAACUUUUUGAAAUGCAAGAGAAGCUUCAUAGUAUGACAGACUGCAUCAUGAAGACUCUGAAGUCCCGUUGGACACUUUCAAGAUCUUGCGAAACCACUGUUUAAAAACAAAAACAAAAAAACCCCAGCUACUCUGAUUAACUUCUUUGAAGAAUACAUUUGAUUUUUUAAAAUCCAAGAUUUAAAUUUGAUAUUAAUAUUUAGUUUUAUUAUAUAUUUUAAGUAAAAGGGAUUCCUGUAACUUGAAGCAAAUACAGCAUUGGAAUAUAAAUCUUAAACUUCUAAAUUCUGUGGACUUGCAUUUCAAGGUUUUCUUUUUUUUUCAUUGCUGCUAUGCACAACUUCCAAAAUGUAAGAUGUGCAGUAAUGACUGUGAAACAUGCCACAAUUUGGAGCAGUAUAUUUUUAAAAUGUUAAGUAUUUUAAAUGAAAGGGCUUUGAUGCAUUGUCAAUAUUUAAAGCCCUGGUUUUAUUGUUCUGACUAAAGUUUGAAGUGUUAAUUAAUUUACCAAAAGUGAUACAAAUCUUCCUACUGAUAGUUGUUUGGAAGGUACUAGUUUUAUAGCUUCAUUACCAUAUUACGAAGUAUGGUGCUUCAUUAGCAUACUAAAAAUAUCUCAAACUUUUUCAUAGGACAUAGUCUAUUUUUUCAUGAAUGUAGUAUGCAAAAGAAAAAAGUGUGUCAGUACAUAAUUCCAAUAAGUAAUUCUCAGGAUCUGACCACGUGCUCUUCGAAUUUUUAUAUACCACAAAAGUUUUAUUUGCCCCAUUCAUGAGUCCUAUAUAAACUGGACAUAAGAAUAAUUUUGUAUAUUAUGUAUAGAUGUACUAAAUGCAAAUGCUCUAAAUUAUAUCUGUAUGAAAGGCAGAGUCUAACAUGCUUGAAUGGGAGAAACUUUGUAUAGAGCAAAUUUGUGCUUUUUAAAGUUGACCUAACAAUGGGAUCAAUUUAUGUUUUAGGAAAUAAAUAUAUAUAAAUAAAGUAUAUAAAUGGUUGAAUAAAA